GAUUGACACGCUUAGAUUGUAGUUUAAGGUGCCCUAAGCCGCUCCAUACUUGAUGACACAAAUGUGAUAGAUCAUACCAUGGAAGCACUGUUGAGUGGCACUUGGCGUCAGACUUUCUGUCAUGGCGCUGUGCAGAGAGAGCUUGGCUGCCAAUCUGGUGUAAGGGCGCCUGCACUUCUUUUUAGCGGUCUUGGAAGAUUGAAAGUCGAGAGCGUUGAACGACUCCACGCCUCAGCAAAUGACACAGAGUUUGAGACGAUAGGGCUCUCUGGGUCUCUUGUGCAGCAGACAUUGGGAGGUCUUGUUGAACCAUUCUCGCGACCAACACAGCUUCUAACCUCUCAAGAGGUGAUUGAUGCCUUGUAUGCUGGAGUCCACAACAAUGCGAUCAGCAAUUACAUGGCAUUCUACUCAUCAGAGCUUGGCGGGAUUGUCACGGAUCCGGCCCUGAUGAUCGUCUCUGUUGACGACCACAUGGUCCACAGAGGGCAUGCCGUUUUCGACACUGCCACAUUAACAAAAGGCUACUUGUAUCAGCUGGAUGAUCACUUGGACCGCUUCUACAGCUCGGCUUCCAAGGCAGCCUUGACACCUCCAUUCCCUAGAAAUCAGAUCCGCCGGAUCAUCCUUGAAACAGCAGCAGCCACCAAAUGCUUUGAAGGAAGCAUCAGGUAUUGGCUAAGUGCUGGGCGCGGCGGCUUUGGCAUCUCGCCCCUUGAAUGCCUGCAGACCAGUUUCUACUGUGUAGCAUACAAGAAUGCAGCACCGCCAGAUCCCAGGAUAGGCUGGAAAGUGAAGACUUCACCCGUGCCAAUUAAGGACCCAUAUUUCGCCACCCUCAAAUCCACAAACUACCUGGCAAAUGCAUUGGUGGCCCUGGAUGCUCAGCUGGAGGGCUUCGAUCAGGGGGUGUUUGUGGACAGUGAAGGCUACGUGGCAGAGGGGCCAGUCAUGAAUAUUGGAAUCAUCACACAUGGGGGUGAGAUGGUUGUGCCCCCCUUUGAGCAGACGCUCGCAGGCGUCACUCUGCAGCGGCUCCUGCACCUUACCAGAGAGGUCCUUGACAGGGGUGAUGCAGAUGUGCUGGGCUUCAUAAAGAAGGUCAGCCAGAGACCAUUCAAAUUGGAGGAAGCAAAACAGGCGAAAGAGGCCUUCAUGGUUGGCAGCAGCACUGUGGUGAUGCCUGUCAUCCAAUGGGAUGACAAGGAGUUUCUGCAGACAAAACCUACUCCCGAGGUGGGCAUCAUUGCACUUUCCCUCAGAGCACUGCUGGAGGAGGACAUGGACCCAACAGCCAACAGGGGACAGCAUGUGGAGGUUCCAUAUGGUUUUUUGACGGGUGCAUGAGGCCUUCAGACUGACUGUCAGUUCAGAGCUACAAGGCUGGUUUCAGCCUGCUGUCCUCGCUGCCAAGUACAUCCAAUAAUAGUAUUGAACGAAUGAAAUUGUGACGACUCAGUGUCUGAAGUUGUGAUCUGUGACCUAGUGUGUGCCAGUCUGAUCCAAGAGGUGCAUUGGAAAUGCAUGCUUUGUAUUAUUGUAUCAUAAUUACAGGCCCGACUUGCAAGGAACGGUGUUUUCAAAUGGCCUAAUCAUUUCGUGGGCUACUCAAUUCUAACAUAGCAAGAAAGAAUCUUGAAAGCCGACACUCGACUGCAUGCAGACCCCCCAGUUCAGGACAAAAUGUGUUAACUGUGUCACUCCUUCUUGAUGUCUACCCUGGCAUGCUGCGACAAGGCUUUGAAGCCCGUCCAGAAGGUGAACAGACUGAGCCCCGUCAGAGGCAGGAGCGUGUCAAUGAGCGACAGCCGCAGCCAGAACACGGUGUACAGUACCAGGAUGCUCGCCAGGCCGCCGUGGAAUGCCAAGGCAUAGGUUGCCGCACCGCCCGAUGGGAAGCCCUGAGACAGCAACAGACAGGCACAUGUAAACGGUGAAACCUUCAUUC